AAUGCCUCUCAAAACCCCGUAAUUUACUCAUCAAACGGCUCUUAAUUGGACCAGAAUUUACACAAGGACAACACUGUUGAGUGUCUGACUUAAACAAGACAAAAGCAGAACAACCGGCACAUGAAAUGAAGUCAAAACUGAUCCCAAAGCCUCAUCCCUUUACAACAUCCAAACCCAGAAAGCAAAAUCUGAUCUGUAAGUGAAGAAAGUGAGAUAUAAGCCUCUAGAAAGUGGUGAUUUAAGUUGAGAAUGGUUGAGGCUUAUUGAUUGAAUUUUAGAGAGAAAGUUACAAUGGCGGGUGAGAUUGAAGAGUCUUUCAGCCUUAGUUUUCAGACAAAUUCUUUGCACUCUGGUUCUAUAUCAUUUGGAAGAUUUGAAAACGAACCCUUAUCUUGGGAGAGGAGAUCAUCAUUUUCACACAAUAAGUAUCUUGAAGAGGUUGAGAAAUGCUCAAAACCGGGGUCAGUCAUUGAAAAGAAAGCUUAUUUUGAGGCUCACUUCAAGCGGAAGGCUCUUCUGCUUCAGGGUUUAACUGAGUGCCAAAAUGCAAAUGAAGACCAAAUUGGCGAAAAUGAUACCUUUAAGAAUGAGGGUUAUAGGGAUGGAUACGAAAAUGCGACAGAAGGUAGCCAUUUUGAUCAAUAUGAUAACAAUGCCUUUGAGAAUGCGGAUGUGCACUAUUCAGAAGAUCUUAAUGGAAAUGAAGAGAGCCACGACUAUCACUUUGAGGGGAGCAUCUUGGAGACUGCAAAUUGGAGACAGGAAUUUGACUACGGAAAUGAAAUGUCUUGUUUUGCAAAUGAAACUAGCCACUUUGAUGAGAGCCUGGAGGUGUCAGAAUAUCAUGGAGAGCUUGAUGUAAUGGAAUGCGAAAGAGAGGGUCCUUCAGUUUUGUCUGCUAAUUCUCCAAUGGGAGCUGCUUCGGCCAAUGCUGAGGAAACUGUUUGUCAGAAGUCGCUUCCAAGUAAUGAUGCAGUUGAUGCAAAUAAAUCAUCUAAAGCCAUCAAGUUAUCUCCAAAGGGUGGAACCAUUGGGAGAGUUGGUAAACAUGGUUCGGAAAAUGAGAAAAAUCUUUCUUCAAAGUCCAGGAUUCCUGUGGAAAGUAAAUCCGUUAAGCCUAAACUGAAAUCUCAGAGCCCCAUCCAAAAACACAUUUCUCUCCAGACUUCAAAAACUGCUGCAAGGAACCAGAAUGGAAUGGAAAAACAGAGCCCAGGAAGAAUGAAACUAGAAAAGCAGACAUUACAAAAAUCCACUCCAGCAAGGCAUUCAUUACAGAGAUCUCCAAUGAGACAGGACUCAGAAAGUUCAGCUACAAAACCAAAGGCUGAGAAUAAGAGCAGUGAAAAAGAUCUGAUGAGAGUCAAGAAAGUAGUUGAAUCUCAACCUUCUGCAUCAAAGAAGAUUGAUCCUAGAGGUCGCCAAACGCCAAAUAGGCUUAAGCAGACUCCUACUGAUUUGAGUAAGCCAGUCAUGAGUCCAAGUGCUGCAGCUUUCAGUUUCAAAAGUGACAAAUGGGCAGAAAGGAGAAAAGAGUUAUACACUAAGUUGGAUGAGAAAAUGCGGGCUAAGGAGGCCGAAAUGAAUCAGAUACAAGCAAAAACACAGGAAAAGACACAAGCUGAGAUUAGACGAUCCCAGAAAAGCCUUGAUUUCAAUGCAACACCGAUGCCUUCUUUCUAUCAAGUCACUGCACUGCCUGGAUCUGAUGGAAACAAGGCACCGGCUAAAAUUCAACGUAAUUCGACAAGUCCAGGGGCUAAAAGUAGUAGAAAAUCAUCAGUACUUUCCAAGGCCAGAACAGACAGAGGCCUUGCCAUGAGUGAGUCUGUAAACACUGCUGAUAAACCUGAUUCACCAGAAGCAUCAAAGACCUCUACAACCAAGCUCUCUGAAGUCUCUUCAGCUCCAGCAAGCCUUAGCAGCAUUCAUCAGAAAGCCAGAAUGAAAAAUGGGGACACAGAGAGGAAACAGCAAGAGAAGAAUCCAAGUUUGCAGAAAUAUCGAGUAUCAGUGACCAGCAAGUCGCCAAAAGACUGCAAAAGUGAGGUGAAACCAAAAGUUGGUUCUCAAAGAAAUAGCAAUGAACUGACGAGGAAGAGUAUGAAAGGCAUUGGCAUUGGCAGCAGAUCCGGAAUAGGUCGUCUACCAGUCGGAGUAGCUUCUUGAGCAAAGCAAACCUAUCCAAUGAUUGCAAUGUCAGCGCAAUCCAAUGACUACUAAACAAAAGUAAUCGCAAAUGCAAAGCUUUGUCGGUGAGUAACAAAAUAUUUUGCAUGUUUGUUUGAGCAUCAAAUUAUGAGAAAUCUUUUGAGGGUUGAAUUUCAUGCUUGUAACUUGGUUUGUUCAAGUAUUGUAUGUAUGCAAAAUGCAAUGCAACAUGUAGCUGUUUAGAGAAUAAAGGGUGGCAUUUGAGAUAGAAAUCAGUCCUCCCCAGGGAAGCUGUAAUUUAUUGAGUCACUCUUUAUCAUGUAUAAUAACAUAUCCUUGAAACAAAAUAUGUUAUUGUAAUGGCUUGUACAA